AGUCAGGCGUCCAAGCCAGACUCAAUCUCGGUUCAGUUUCGUUUCUUCUCGGUGCUUCGUUCAACUGGAGCAUCUGUGUCGUAUGAACAAGAUUUUAGAUUAAGCAAAGUGUAACGAUUAUUGUAAAUGUGCAACGACCUUAUUUGCUGAUUUGUUAAGACGUAACGAUAAAAAGUGAAACCUGUGCCAAGUCCGGAGAGGAAUUAUUCUGAUAGAACUGCGAGCCAGAUUCUACAUCGUCCCUCAAGAUUCAUACUAGACGAUAAUGCUAACGUCUUUUCGGAUUAUCUUCAUCUUUACACGAGACCUGAACCAUCGCUGAAACUUAUCGUUCCAACUUCCGCUUGGUAUUGGCCAAGUCUGACGAUUUGCAUGAGACGAAAAUGUAACGAAGUACGAAAAUAAAAAUAUAUCUUCUGGAAGAUCGAUCAAGCUUUGUGGGUCCGUCAAGAAAGAAGAGGACAGGCACGACACGAUUUCGAAAAAAUUUUUCGUGUCUAACAGCCAGCACUGAUCCGACUCUUACGCAAUGUUUUCAUGAAACGUGAAUUUCAUCAGAAGGAAAUAAUAUUAACUAAUGAAAUUGAGAAGACGACAUUUCAUGUGAUGCUUAUAAGCUGUUAGCAGUUACUAUAAGGAUAAACUGAAAAUUUUUUUUAUUGUAUAUAAUAUAUCGAGUCCGUGAAUGAAAUUUACGUGAAACGUUAAACCAUCGUGACGGAGUUAUCCGAGCUAAGGAAAUUUGUGAUUUGAGAUUUGUAUUGGAAGAAAAAAUAAAUAAAAAUCAAGUGCAGUGUUCAUGAACAAUUUACAAGCUAGUAAAGACUGUUUUAAACAGUGUUGCGAAGCUUUCCCGAGUGUUGAGAAAACAGUGACUGCUAAAACCCAGAACGACAAGAUUCGUUGUCUAGAGGGCAGGCUUAGUCUAGAGGUGAUCAAAGGACAUAAUUGUGGAGGGCCUAUCAGCUUAUUGGGGAGAUUUUGUCGAGCAGCGUCGCGUAAAUGCAGCUGCGGCAGCCACCUUCUUUAUGAACUACUCAGCUGCAGACACAAGCAGAAUGGUUUUGCAUCACAUUCCUGGACCCGGGGAACUGCAACAAGGCAAUGACAGCCACCCUAUAGCAGAACUGGGCACGAUGCCGCAGGAGUCUCCGCACUCGUUGAAAAUCAAGCAGGAGCCGUUUCAGCAGUCGCCGGGAUCGACUCUUCCGUCGCUUCAUCAAGUUAACAACUUCAGCUCGGAGUUACCAACCGAUUGCAUGAGCACGCCCGUCAAGGAACUGAACUCUUCGGUUAGGAGCGUCAACCGGAAGAGACAGUAUCAUCACAUGUCGACGUCAUCGCAUUAUGACAAUAAUCACACAUCCAGCAAAGUGCCACCCCUGAUUCACUCUACGAGUUCAUCCCACGUGGGUCAUCAUCCCUUGGAGGAGCCAAAGGGUUCCUCGACACCGGAUACCCUGCAGAUCGCGACGAACGGUAGCGUCUCCACGUCCAGCGCACCUUCGACGCCUACCGCCACGACGGAGACCACCGUAGCUGUAAUUGGCUCGACUAACAAUCCGACCUCUUCAACGGCGACGAAGCCGCCGUUCAGCUACGUCGCCCUGAUCGCCAUGGCUAUCGAGCAGAGUGCGGAAAAGCGCGCCACCCUUAGCGAGAUCUACGCGUACAUCACCGAGAAGUUUCCUUACUUCGAGAAGAACAAGAAGGGCUGGCAAAACUCGAUACGUCACAAUCUUUCGCUUAACGAGUGCUUCGUCAAGAUUCCGCGAGAGGGCGGUGCCGACCGCAAGGGGAACUACUGGACGCUCGAUCCUCGACACAACAACAUGUUCGAGAAUGGAAAUUAUAGAAGACGGAGACGCAUGAAACGUUCCUACAGAACGACGCCUUAUCACAAAACGUUGUUCAGCGACGCCUUUCCGUCGCCUCACGUUCAUCUUGGAGCUACGAGGAAUCUCUUUGCGCCGCCGCCGCCGUCUUAUCCUCACGCUUACAAUAGAUACGAGUCAAGUCCAGCUUGGAGUCUUCAGCAGUCGCAGCUACCGUACAGUCCCUGCCAGGCCAAUCUCAAUGCGCCGUAUCGUAUGUUGCAGCUUCAGCCACAGCUGCAACCAGUGCAGUCUAUGCAGAUUUCGACCAUGAACGGCUACAGUCAACUCAGCACCUCGCUAGCUUCUCAAGGCAACUACCUGGACAUUCCAGGUGGCCCUACGAGUUCUCCAAGCUCUGUAGGCGGCGGUGCGUUCAGUAGCAGCUUUCAAGCUUGCGGAAGGAGACACGAUUCCGCCAUGUUGUCUGACACCAUGCCGAGAUACUCAUAUUGGUCCGACGUGAGCGUCAAAGAGGAGCCUGGUAGUAACACGAUGACGUCCGGUGGCGUCGGGACGGUUAGCUCCAUCAUGGUAAGACCCUCGACGACCUCCAGCGUCUCUUCGACGGGUUUUCCAGGCGUCGACUUUCAAUCCCUUUCCAAGUAUUCCCUGUGAACUUCGUCAAGCUUCUACCGACGUUACCAUCACCAUCCACCAUUUUGAUUUCACUCAGCAUCCCGAUUAUGGAUCAAUUCUUAUCGGAACACUUUUACUUCUUGGAACAGGACGGUUUCCUAAGUAAGGACUCCUGAUGAUGAUUCUGUUGCUUUCCGGAUUCACAAGUCCACGGGAGUCAACUCCUGCAGAUGAAACUUUUACAAUCGAUAAGCUUUUAUUAUCCAUCGGACAACGUAAUCGAUUCGUUGACGAUUAAUUAUAUGCGCUCUAAGCCUUAUCUCAGGACUUCCCUGAAUCUCAAAAUAUUAUUUCAAUCAGUUACGACUACGAGACCCUAUUAGAUCGUUCUAUUCGAUUGAGAGUUGCUUAUGUACAGAAUUAUUCGUAAUAAACGUGCCGCCUGAAGUUAGCCUCUUCAUUUGAUUUUUCUGUGUACUAGAACCAACUUCAGAUGGUGCGUUUCCCGUGAAUAACCGUAUAUACAUAACUAGUGAAUUAUUCCGAAGUAUCAAUCGAAUUCACUUUAUCCAAAUGACUAUCAAACUGAUAUAGGGUUACGCUUAUGGAAAAUCAAAAUAAAAUUGAGAUAAUAAACAAUAAUAGUCAUUUAAAAAAGACCCCAUGGGUUUUUACAUUGGAAUGUAUUGUUUGACUGUUAGACAGUAUUCGAUCCGUUCCCUUCGAAUCUCCAUGCUGAUUUGUAAUGGCCUUGUCCCGAGCAUGGGAUUCGCAGGUCAAGAAAUAAAGCGCGUUAUGAUUACACAAGCAAGAAUAAUAAUAAUAAUAAAACGAAAUAAUUCUCAAAAAAUGUUGCGAUUCCUUUAAAGCGUAUGCAUGGGAUAUGAAAGUGAAAAAAAAUCUUUAUACCUAAGUGCUCGAAGAAUCUUACGUUACAAGAAUGAGAGUGUCUACUUAAAAGGAAGACAUCGAACUCCCUAGUACUGUGUGAACGCACCUUUAUUCGCGUAUGCGAAACAUAGAUAAUCAUUGUAUUGUCAGUAACAUCAAUGUAUAUAUAUAUCUUUAAGAAAAGUUGACACAUUACAAGUACGUUAAGUUUAUGGUUAAGUUAAUUGUUCAAUAAAUCUUACGGCAAGAUAAAUUCCGUAUAAACAAAUAAAAACAACGCGACGAUUUAAACGAAUAAUCGAUAACGGACAGAAUGUUACUAUUUUUUUUUUCUAAUUGUAUUUCUCGACUUGGCUGCACUGUGAGAAUCAUGCAAUUAGGCAGCUACUCGCAAACACUAUACACGUAUCAUAAACACACACAAAACAAACACGUGUAAUACAAUGAUAAAGAUAGUGAUAAGGGUAUCGAAUAAAUUUCAGUUAUUUAUCGUCAA